UCAUGAGGACUGCAGCAGCUUUCUGUGUUUCCUUCUGCAUUUUUCAACAAAUCACCGUUGGCACCAGGAAUGACCAGGAUGGUGGAAGUACCAGCAAACGGACGGUGAGGGAAGCUAAUGCCCCCGCUGCGGUCGACUGCAGAAUAAGCCCCUGGAGCGAGUGGAGCGGGUGUGAUCCAUGUUCCAAACGUAUGUUCCGCUCCAGAAGCAUAGAUGUUUUUGGGCAGUUCAAUGGCCAACCAUGCAACCAGCGCCUAGGAGAUCGGAAGGCCUGCAAGACAGAUCAUGUCUGUGAGGAGGAAAUAAAGCAUCCUUGUUCAGAAACUGAAUUUCAGUGUGACUCAGGACUGUGCAUUAAAAAUAGACUAGUAUGCAAUGGGGACAAUGAUUGUGGAGAUUUCUCUGAUGAAGACACCUGUGAGGAAGUUAAGCGUGCACCCUGUGGAAAACAGGAGCUGGAGCUAUCUGAGCUGGGUAGAACAGCUGGAUAUGGCAUCAACAUCUUUGGUUCAGACCCGAGAAGCAAUGCCUUUGAAAAUGAAUUGUUUAAUGGCUUCUGCAGACGAGUGAAGGACACAAACACAUUAAAAUACCAUCGCCUCCCUUGGAAUGUAGCCACUUUGGACUAUGUGACCAUUGCAGAUGAACAUAUUUCAAGGGAAAUAUUUAAUGAAGCCAAUUCUCUUCUGAAGGAAAUUUUAAAGGAAAAUACGCAAUCGCUAAAAGCUGACCUUUCUUUCAAAUUCACAUCUGAAUCAGAUAAUUCAGAAACUGAAUCAAAUAAUAGCACUUCUGUGAAUAUGGCAUAUAAAAAUCAAAAGAAUGAAACCAUAAAAGUUCUCAGUGGAUAUUCUACUGUUAAGCACAGGAGUUUUAUGCGAGUUAAAGGCAAGGUUCAGCUGAGCACAUUCAGAAUGAGGUCAAGAGAUCCCAUGUUGACAGAAAUCUUUCUAAAUGACAUAUCCUAUUUGCCAGUGGAGUACAACAAGGGGGAAUACUUCAGAUUCUUGGAAGAUUAUGGAACACAUUAUGCCAUGUCUGGAAAGUCAGGCGGCGAAUACGAACUUGUCUAUGUCAUAAACAAGGAAGUCAUGAAGACAACAAAAAUGACAGAGCAGAAAAUCCAGGAGUGCCUCAACCUUGACCUCUCUGUUAAAUUCGAGGCUGAUACCACUGUGAGAUUGGACACAGGAAAUUGUGAAAAAGUGAGAGUUUCAGGAAAUGAAACCGGAAAUAAUGAUGCACUCAUUGACAAGGUGGUGACGUCCAUCAAUGGAGGCACAGUAGUAGCUGCUACUUUCCUGAAGACUAAAUUAGAGAAAACUGGUGUGCUGGAUCCAGAAGCCUACGUUCAGUGGGCUAAAUCACUUCAUGAUGCACCAGUUCUGCUCUCCAGUCAACCGGAGCCUAUCUUGUCUCUGAUUCCUGUAAAUAUGCUCCAUGCUGAAACCAAGAAAAGCAACAUAGAGAGAGCGACUGAGGAUUACAUCGCUGAGUAUAGUGUGUGCAAGUGUCAGCCCUGCCAGAAUGGAGGCACAGUGGCAAUGAUCGACGGCCGGUGCCUAUGUCUGUGCGCACCCCAGUUUGAGGGACUGGCAUGUCAGACACUUAAGUCUGACUUACUGGAGGUAGGAAAUGUUAUCCAGGAAGGAAAUUGGAACUGCUGGUCUCCCUGGUCAAGCUGCCAGGCCGGUCAACGCUCUCGAACCCGCAGCUGCAAUACAAAAGGUCUCUCCAGUGGCAGUUGCAAAGGGGACACUAUAAAUACCGAACACUGCUGAAUAGCUGAAGGGUUUUGUUACACAUUUCAGGAAAACUAGAUUAACAGGAGCAUUCAUACUCUUUGCAGAUGUUGUUUAUGUUUUCUAGAAAUGUUGUUACAAUAUAAUGUUUUUUUUUACUACAACCUAAUCUGCCUAAUCUUUAAAAGAGGGAAAGAAUAUUUGUUCAUGUGAUGUACUGUAGCACUAUAAUUCCAGAUGCAAAUUCUCUAUAUAUCAUCUGUAUAUUUGCUCAAAAAUCAAACUUGCU